UUGUGGUUUUAGCUUUUCAAAGGCGCGGAGCUAUUAUGGGCUAUGGGAUCAAGUUCGGAAAAAAUAGUCUUCUUUAUCUUGAAAAAUGGCUUUGUAACAGGAGGCGCCAAGGAGCUUAAGUACACAUAACUCCGCGCACGGGAGGGAAAAAUGACGAAAGUUCCUCAGGGGUUUGAUUUCAGUUUCCUAAACGAGGAAGAAGCCAGGAAGAUCCUCCAGGUACUGGAAAGAAAUGAGGAACUCCGAAGGGCAGAGAAGGACAGGAUCAGCAAACUCCAAAAGACAAAGAGGGAUAUCAGAUGGCUUCAAGGAGCAACUGGUGAAUGGUUUGAAGAAAUUCAAAGAAAGAAAUUUUGCAAUGAAACAGAUGUUAGCCAGAUGUUAAAACCACCACUUACAUACAGGCUAUGGAAGGGGAUGGCAAAAAAUGAUCCUAUGGAAUUACAAACAUCAAGAUCAAAAAACUUAAUAAACCAAAAACCAUCUGGUUCUCCCCGAAUGAGCUUCCGGUCAUCCUUUGCUUCGCUGUUCUCCUUCAGAAGAUCUGGGAAGGAGACGCUUAAGCUUCAGUCUCAGAGACCGAAGGGGUGUGAUGACCAUGUAGGACCUUCUGCGUCUGCGAAGGAUACAACUGCAGCAAAAAUAUACAAUUCACCAGUUGGGAAUCAGCCCGUCGCCAGUGUGUUUGUCCCUAAGCCAGCCAUCAUGAGGGAGGAGAGUGGCGUGCCUCCGCCCUGGGAUUCUUCCCCGCUGGAAAGUGAGUUUUUCCAAGUUUUAGAUGAUUUGGACAGCAAGCUGGCUCAGGAACAAUCUGCAGGGUCGGUAAACACCAGAGUGCCAUUCAACUAUGCAUCAAGAACACCGUUCCAACAUUCUCACUCGAGUAGGAACGGGCAUGGCCAUACCACAGGAAGGCACCAAAACUACCACAGUGAAACUUCCAACAUGUCCAUCUAUGACAUCCUGAGACCAGGAACUCCUAGAGAAGGCUUCAAAACCUUUUCUCCCAGGACAAAGACAAUUUACGAUAUGUACAGGACCAGGGAGCCCAGAGUCUUAAAGGAGGACUUCAUGCAAAAGAAUACGUUUGGCAGUACAUCCUUGUGCUUCGAUGGCCAGCAGCGGUCAGCCUCACCAGCCACAGGGCGUUUUACUGCAAGGAGCUUACACUUUCCGACCGCUACGCAAAACAAGAAUAGUUUUACACCAGUAAGGCACCAGCAAAGCCCCAAAAGAACUCCAUUAUCAUCCAUCAUGUGGAAUAGAUCAGAUUCUUCUAGACAUAGGCAGAAUUGGGAAGAAUCACUGGGGGCACCAUCACCAAUGGACAUUGACCCUGCUGAUCAGUAUGUGGCUCCUAAGUGUUUUCAGGAGAACAGGAGGUAUGAGUUGUACCAUUCACAGAGUGCUUACCAAAGCAUCCCUUUAAAUGCCCCCAUGGACAAUGUGAUGAGUCCUGACACAUUGGAGAACUCAGAGAAUAUGCCAUUCUACCAUCAGAAUAACCCAUUUGCAAGGUCUUUCUUUAGCAGUACCUUCAGACAGAGCAGAGAACAGAGAUUUGGACAGAAUUCCUUUUGGAGCCAACAGAAAGAACAUUCUUUCUGGUCUGACUUACACCAGAGCAGGAAGCCAUUGUCUUCUGACAGGGACUUUGAAAUGAUUUCUGUUGAAGCAAAUAGGGCACCAUCUGUUUAUAACCAUGGUGUCCCUUCUCAACGCGGGAGGCCACAUUCUCCGGGCUGUGGAACAUAUGUUUUCAGAGGUCAAGAGGAUCCACAUUACUGGCGAUCUGAUCUUCAAACAUCCCCACUGGAGAGCAUGGACACAUCACAUGUCAAUGAGAACGAAUUUCCACCCCAUUUUGUCACACCAGAUGGUUUUUCCAUGACUAGCUCAAGCUGUCACAUCCAGUCUUCUGGACUGGACUAUCAGCAGGGACACUGUCCUGGAGACACAGCUGUAGAUGAGAAGCCUCGUUUGUGUGGCAAGUCUCAAACUCUAAUAUCCUCAUUCAGAACUUCCUUCCCCUUGAUUCUUGAUGACAGAAGAGAUUCUCAGAGUCCCAGCUUCCAGAACUCCACAGUUACUUUGGAGAAAAUAAUCCCUAAUAAGCCAGAUUCUCUUCCAAUAAGAAACUGUACAGAAGUUACUGUGGCUGGUAGCCGUCCCACUGAAUCACUGUCUCUUACUGAAACCCAGCCCAACACCCCAGUCACAGAAAUGAACAGUGAGAAAGACAUGAAUGAAUCUCUUUCAGGAAAUGAACAGCUAAACAAGGUGGGCCAGAAAAACAAGGCAAGUGGGUUACCCCAACCUAUUUCACAGACAGUGAUCGCUAAUGAUUUACCUGAUUUUCAAAAGGCCCACUCCCAACACUCAACCCAAAAUGACAGGUUUGGCUUUAAUGAGUCUGCCACAGUAAGUGCCAGAAGGUCACCCAGGGUCUUUUCCAGGAGAGACACUUCCCAAACACUUACAGCACAAAGAGAUAAAGCUCACGAACUGAAGGAAGAUAAAGGUUUUCCUGGGAGCAGGAAAGUUGACUCCGCAGCCUCCCUGCCUUUCAUCCGAGAACCCGGAACGCUGCCAUCUCUUCCCAGCCCACGUCAAGGUUGUCACCAGAAAACAGGAAGUAACGAAGAGGGUGCGAGCACCAUUAAAAAUAACCGCUGGUGCUUUGAACCCACUGCUGCCCCAAAAGCAGAGUCUCCAGAGGAGGCUGCUAUUUUAGAUCUCGAGCGACAACAAUGUCCUUCCACCCAUUCUACCGACGACAGCAGCAAGCUGGCCGCCAGGCACAGUGUCCCGCAGGACUCUGGAGACGUGCCACCAGGCGUACCCCAAGACUCCUUACCGUUGAGUGAUUCUUUCCUUGAUGCUCUUUUGAUACCUUCUACUCCCGUGUUCUCCAGGAGGCUUUCAGACCAAGAUCCAUCUCAAGAAGAAAGAGAAGAAAAAGACAAGGCUACGAAGAACCAAAAUAUCCAGCAGGCUGUAAAUUCCACAGAUAACCAAGAGAGUCGUGACGGUCCUGCACUUCUGCGUGAUGCUGCCCACUGCCAUCCGUACUCUCCCUUCAGAAACGGGAGGGGGAAAGGAAGAGUCAGACGCCGCGUGUCCUGCAUUGAGAAGCUAACCAAGGCGGAGAACAGAGCGGCACCCACAAGUGAAGGCAGCAGCCUCCCGGAGGACCAGAGUAGCGCCAAAGCGCCUGAGCUCGGCACAGUCUAUUGCACCUUGCCAAGAAAGCCCGCCAGCUUUCUCACACACAGCAGACAGCAAGACAAUAAGAGAAUGGCUGCUUCAGUUAGGAAUGGGCCACUUCCUUUCCAAAUGAAACAUAAAGUGGAUGCUCUGACUGGGAAGAGCACAUCUGAUAAACCCAGUUCUCCUAAGUCAAUGAGUGAUGCUUCAGAUUCGAUCACGGGGAUGCCCGAAGCCACCAAGAAGAUGACAGAUGUGAGAGCCAUUAGGUCCGCUUCUGUUAGAAAAGGGCCGCUCCCUUUCCUCAUCAAGAGGGCGAUAUCCUGUCCUUCGGGGGAGCCAUGUACCUUGGCUGGAAGUGGUGACAGGGAAAAGUCACCAAUCCUGGACAGGGAUGCUUCCGCUGUAAUGCCCGGCCCCUGGGGGAGAAUCUUCAGUUCUCUGGAAGAUAACUCAUCAUUUGGAGAGAGUACUUUCACCGAAAGACACAACCAAAAGGAACUUGCUCACGAACCCACUGGAAAGCUUGAUGAGACGCCUGCCCCCAGAAAGAGCUCGUCCACCCUUCCAAACAAAAGCCCCAAGCCUCUGCGUGCAGACGCGUCUGGAAAAGAGAGUGGGAAGGCCUUACAUAAGUUUAAGACAACCAGCAUGUUCUCUGUUUCUGGUGAUGAAGAGAAUGUGAAAUGUCUUGAGGUGGUUUCCAUAUAUUAUACUCUACCAAGAAAACCCAGCAAGAAGUUCUGCAGCCUCCUUCAGCAGUAUGCACAAGGUACAGAUUCACUUCGAGAUGCUUUUCAUGGAGAGACUAAAGCAUUUCCUAAUGCUUUCGAAAGUGAUGAGUUAGAUUGUCCUGCGCAAGUGCAGUCAGGAAUACCUCUACCACAAGACCUGAAGAUGCAGGCUGAUUCUGCUCCAUGCUGUCGUCCUCACAGCACUGGAGAUAAGGUUGUCUCCCAAUUACCAAAGGAGGAGGCUUCCGAAUCUACCUUGGAGGAAAUGGCUUCUGUGGGGCCAGAUGUUUCUCUUCAAAAGGGAGACCCUAAGACCAAAGAGACUCCCCCAGGUAGCUUAGCUAAAACAAACGUGGAUGAUUCGCUAAGGAGAAAAAAGAGAGGGGGGAAAUUGCCAAGACAAAUUCUACAGAGCCCAUUACUGCCUCAGGAAAAAAGUGCUGGAGCAGAAAACACUGAAAAUCAUCGGCAGCCUUCUAAAGGAGGAGAUGGUGGGCCCCCUGGUCUCCCAGUCCACUCAGAAGGUAAUGUGGAAAAUUCCCAAACCAGAAGAAAUUCUGGAGUAUAUGCAGGUGGUACAGCCACUGUAUCAGCAGGCAGCAGACGGUAUCCUUGGAGAGAUCACAUGGCUGUAGUUGUAGAUGACAGUUCUAAUGGGUCACAGCCUAGGGAAGCCAAUGGGACAUCUAGAUCAGACUACCCAAACCUGACUGGUAAAACGCUCUCUGACUCAGAACCAGCCUUUGCUGUAACCCCAGCAUUGCAUAAGCUGCAGCUUGCUGAAGAGACUCAGUCAGGAAGAGCAGAUCUGCAGUCGGAACCCAGGCGGGCAGGAAGUCAGGAGACAAAUCCAGCAGAAAUGAGGAAGGUUAAAGAUGAAACACAGAAGUUGGCAUGGGAUCAAACCCUACUUCCUGGAGGAAAUAAUGAGAAUAAAACCAACAUGGGCGACCUAGAAGCAAAAGAAAACAGAUGCUUGGGUAAACACAGACUGGCAGCCAUGUCUAAAGCGAGCAGAAAAAUCCCAGCUAAGGAUUUAAGUCCCGGGAGACACAUAGCCACUCUCUUCUCCCAAAGUGAAAGCAAAUCUGGCUUUCGGGGGUUAUCUCUUUGCAGGUCAGAGGGCAGCCCACUGUCCCCUGAACCUGCUGUAAAAUCCACGGAGCCCACAGACGACAAAUCUGAAAUGCCUCUCCAAGCCACAGCAGUAGCCAACCCGGAACCUCCUCCUCAGUCCUGCACUCAGAGGUCUGCUAACAUUUCACAACCACAUCAGAAUGAGUCGAACAGUAUCUUAGGAACACCAUCAAAGAGUGAGGAUUUGGGAGAGUCAGGAGCCCCGGCUCGGCUCACACUUACCAGUCCCAUAGAAAAAAGCGCUAACCAUCAGCAGAGUUUGAGUCCCCCCUCCCCCCCGCAAUCUGUGCAGAAAUCUACAAUCAACCUAUCCCAUUGUCAGCUGCGCCACUGGAGUGCCCCAUCUCCAGAGUCAGAACCUGAGCCUCACCUCUACAGGUCAAAGAGUUUAAAAAACUUCAGUGUGCAUGGUGACCGGCUGUGCACGAGCCAUCCUCCCAAAGCCAGGGGGCGCCACUUUUCUGAAAACACUUCCAUUGACAGUGCUCUCAGUCAACUGUCGCUUGAUGGUGACUCUGCCCACAACAGUGCUUACAGUCGAAGAUUCAAAUCUUUUUCUGAGCUUCCUGCCUCUGAUGAAAGUGAAAGUUGGGCUUUGUAUAACAAUAGAACUAGAUUGGGUCCCAAGUCCGCCUCAUCCAUUUCCAGGCCUAUUGACUAUGGAAUUUUUGGGAAAGAGCAGCAGUUGGCUUUCUUGGAGAAUGUCAAGCGGUCACUCACACAAGGAAGAUUAUGGAAGCCAAGUUUCCUCAAGAACCCUGGCUUCCUCAAGGAUGAUGUCCUUAAUGCUUCCAACCCGUCUCAGUCAGAGCUGGUGAAUUCUGGUGGUCGGUCGCCAGAAGAUGGCUUAUUUCCAAGUGAACCCCUUAAUAUCUACGAGGACGACCCAGUGGACUCAGACCGGGACACAGACACAACCACGGAUGAUGAGUACUACCUGGAUGAAAAUGAUAAAGAGUCGGAACUAUGAGACUGAAAGAAACGGUACAAUAGUAUACUCUACAAUUUGCUUUUUACCAAAACAUUGUUGAACUGAGUCUAAAUUUAUAGACAGGUAAAAGAAGAUCUUGUUUGGGAAGUGUCUGCACCAAAACAGCCCAUUCUUUUCCGUAUGUAUG